AUGUCUCUUCUUAGCUCUGAAUUUGCUAUGAAGGACUUGGGUCAUCUUAAUUAUUUUCUUGGCAUAGCAGUGACAAGACAUAAGGGUGGAUUAUUUUUGUCACAACGCAAAUAUGCGGAGGAAAUUAUUGACCGAGCAGGGAUGUCUUCAUGCAAACCUUCGGCAACACCUGUUGAGGUUAAACCGAAGGUCAGUUCCCCAGGUUCUCCUUGUGCCGAUCCUACAUUGUAUCAGAGUCUUACAAGGGCCCUGCAAUAUCUUACUUUUACUAGACCAGAUAUAUCAUAUGCGGUCCAACAUGUUUGCUUAUAUAUGCAUGACCCGAAAGAGAGUCAUAUGGCUGCUCUCAAACGGGUUGUUCGCUACGUACAGGGCACUAUUGAUCAUGAUUUGCAUUUGUAUCCGUCCUCUGUUUCAUCUCUUGUCUCAUAUACAGAUGCUGAUUGGGCUGGGUGUCCGGAUACGAGACGGUCCACAUCCGGAUAUUGUGUGUAUUUGGGUGAUAAUUUGAUUUCCAAGUCCUCCAAACGACAAGCAACUCUGUCUAAGUCAAGUGCCGAAGCAGAGUACAGGGGCGUUGCUAAUGUAGUUUCCGAGUCUUGUUGGCUUCGAAACCUACUAUUGGAGUUACAUUGUCCAAUUAAGAAGGCAACUUUGGUUUAUUAUGACAAUGUGAGUGUUGUUUAUCUUUCUGGCAAUCCGGUGCAACAUCAACGAACAAAGCACAUAGAGAUGGAUAUUUUGUUUGUUCGGUAA